CCCAGGGCCGGGUGGGAGCUGACGGCAUCUCUGCUCUCUCCCCAGUGCCAGCUCUCGGCUCUGGAGGGCAUCAAGGCCUGCAUGACCUGUUACCCGCGGGCCUGCGGCUCCCUCCGGGGCAAACUAGCUGCCUAUUUCCUGUCCCGAGUGGAUGCUGAUUCGCCCCAACUGCAGCAGCUGGCGUGCGAAUGCUACGCGCUGCUGCCCUCGCUGGGCGCCGGCUUCACCCAGGGGCUGAAGCACACAGAGUGCUGGGAGCAGGAGCUGCACGGCCUGCUGGCCACGCUGCACGGCCUGCUGGGAAACCUCUACGAGGGCGCCGAGACAG